GACGGCAGCUUUUUGCAGAAAAUCAACAACUUCUCAAAGCUUCGGAAAAACUGCGUCGUCCGCAUAGUGCUUUGCGAAGCGUUUCAGUCCACUUCCAAUCAAACCACCCACUUCUUCCAUAUAUUCUACCCUGCUUCGCUUUAACAUGCACAACAGCUGUAUGACUCAUAUGCUCCUGUUUCUGCUCUGCAUCGGAUUGGGUGACCAAUAUGAGCUGGAGACAGAUGAAGUGGUUCCCAAGCUGCUGUCCGGGCAGGAGGCGCACCUGUCCUCCAGUGUCCACAUACUACGGCGCCGCGGUCAGCGCUCCCUGGUCGCCCCGGGGGGAGGACACUCUGACCCUGAUAACAUUAUUCUGUCACUGCCGGCUUUCGGAAGGAACCUGUAUUUAAAUCUGACAAGGGGCAGUACCUUUCUCUCGGGGGACUUCGUGGUGGAGGAGAGACGCGGGGACCAGAGCGCAGCUGUGAGCCGCUUGUCUAUGAACCCUCUCUGCUUUUACUUCGGCUCCAUCAUCAACCACACUGAUUCUCUGGCAUCGAUGAGCACGUGUGGCGGCCUGACUGGACUCAUCCAGAUUGCGGAAGACAGCCUAUUCAUUCAGCCGAUUGACGAAAAUGUCCCCUCACAGUCCUUCUCAGGACUUAAACACCGGCUGCUGCGACACCGACGCCAUGCAAAGACCAGCUCUACUCAAGAUGCUGACCAGCCUCACUACUGUGGGACUGUACGAGGAAAGAAGAAGGAGAAGAUGUCAAAAGUUGGUGAGGAGGGUCGUGGGAAAAGAAACUCCAUUCGCCUGCACGAAGCAUACACUGUGGAAACAGUGGUGGUGGCAGACUCUGACAUGGUGCAGUACCACGGUGCCGAGGCAGCACAGAGGUUCCUACUGACAGUCAUGAACAUGGUCUACAACAUGUUCCACCACCAGAGUCUGGGAGUCAGGAUCAACAUUCGUGUCACCAAGCUGGUGUUGCUUCACAGCCGGCCAGAAAAGCUAAAGGUGGGCCAUCAUGGAGAAAGAUCUCUGGAGAGCUUCUGUCAUUGGCAGUAUCAAGAGUUUGGGGCACGGUACCUUGGUACCAACCACAUUCCUGGUGGAAGAGAUGACAUUCCGCCAGUGGACACUGCCGUGCUUGUCACCAGGACAGACUUCUGCGUUCAUAAAGACGAACCCUGUGAUACUGUGGGUAUUGCUUACCUGGGGGGUGUCUGCAGCGCCAAGAGGAAGUGUGUAUUAGCAGAGGACAAUGGAUUAAAUUUGGCCUUCACCAUUGCUCAUGAGCUGGGACACAACAUGGGAAUGAGUCAUGAUGAUGACCAUGACACCUGCACUGGAUACUCCCACAUCAUGUCUGGUGAAUGGGUGAAAGGAAGAAACCCCAGUGACCUGUCCUGGUCCUCCUGCAGUCGUGAUGACCUUGAGAACUUUCUUAGGUCCAAAGCCAGUGCCUGUCUGCUGCACACAGACCUCCGGAGCCGUUACCAGGUCCGACUCCCUCCCAAGCUGCCAGGCAUGCACUACAGUGUGGAUGAACAGUGCCAGAUCCUGUUUGGAACCAAUGCCUCUUUCUGUAAUGACAUGGAGCACCUGAUGUGCGCUGGCCUAUGGUGUUUGGUAGAAGGUGAUACAUCCUGCAAGACCAAACUGGAUCCUCCUCUGGAUGGAACAGAGUGUGGAGCAGAUAAGUGGUGCAGGGCAGGGGAGUGUGUCAGUAAGACUCCCAUCCCUGAGCAUGUGGACGGUGACUGGAGUCCAUGGAGCCAGUGGAGCAUGUGCAGUAGGACCUGCGGUACUGGAGUCCAGUUCAGACAGAGGAAAUGUGACAACCCUCCGCCUGGUCCUGGGGGGCGAAACUGUCAGAAGGCCAGUGUGGAACACAAGGCCUGUGAAAAUCCACCCUGUCCCAAAGGGGCACCCAGCUUCAGAGACCUGCAGUGUCUGUCAUAUGACCGACAUUCCAGCAAGAAGAAGGGUAGCAUGCUGACUGCCAUUAUUAAUGAUGAGAAGCCUUGUGUGUUGUUCUGCAGCCCAGUAGGUCGAGAUGUCCCAGUCCUGAUGGCAGACAGAGUGAUGGAUGGGACGCCCUGUGGACCAUACGAGGCUGACCUCUGUGUUAAUGGAAAGUGUCAGAAAAUUGGCUGUGACAGCAUCAUCGGCUCUUCAGCUAAAGAGGACCGCUGUGGUGUUUGCAAUGGAGAUGCACGCUCCUGUAAGAUAGUGAGGGGAGACUUCAACCACACCAAAGGAAUGGGCUACAUCGAAGCUGUGGUUAUCCCUGCAGGAGCCAGGAGGAUCAAAGUUGUCGAGGACAAACCCUCACAUAGCUUUCUGGCUCUGAAAGACUCCAGUAAGAGGUCCAUCAACAGCGACUGGAAAAUUGAGCUUCCAGGAGAUUUUGAGCUGGCUGGGACCACAGUGCGAUAUGUUAGAAGAGGAUUAUGGGAGAAGAUGUCUGCUAAGGGACCCACUAACACCCCCUUACACUUGAUGGUGUUACUCUUUCAUGAUCAGAGCUAUGGGAUCCACUAUGAGUACACAGUGUCCCUGAACACAACUCAGGACAGGAGCAGUGAGGAGCAGAAGGAACCAGAGUACCUCUACAUCUGGACGCACAGCAGUUGGCAGGACUGUACUGUCCAAUGUGGAGGAGGUGAGAGGAAGACAGUGGUUUCCUGUAUGAGGAUAGCCAAUAAAACCAUGGAAGUGGUCAAUGAUAGCUACUGUCAACCUGAGAACCGACCACACCCCCAAGUACGACUCUGCAACUCUCACCCCUGCCAGUAUAGGUGGGUGACACGAGAGUGGGGACCCUGCUCCGUCACAUGUGGUAAAGGUCUUCAGCAGAGAGAGGUGGUUUGUGUUUACCAUCUACAGAAUGGCUCACUCAUCCACACCAGGGACCUGUAUUGCCAAGGAGGAAAACCUCCUGUUCUGCAGGGCUGUGAGGGCCGCCUCUGCCUUACUGUGUGGGAGGCUUCAGAGUGGUCCAAGUGUUCAUCAGACUGUGGUCAAGGUGUUCGCAAACGGAUGGUGUCAUGUACAAACCCUCAGGGUCUUUGUGAUCCUCUGUCCCAGCCUGCUCAAGAGGAGCACUGUGAGGACCACUCCAGAUGUUACGAAUGGAAGACUGGAGACUGGUCCAAGUGCUCGUCAUCCUGUGGUAAAGGCCUCCAAUCACGAGUGGUCCAGUGUAUGCACAAAGUGACCGGUCGUCAUGGUACUGACUGCCCAGUGACGCUGAGACCUCCGACCUACCAACCCUGUCACCAUGGUACCUGCAAUGAGAAAAUCAAUGUGAACACCAUCACCUCCCCCAGGCUAGCUUCUCUGACCUACAAAUGCAUGGGAGACCAGUGGACAGUGUACUGUCGCGUGAUCCGAGAGAAGAACCUCUGCCAGGACAUGAGGUGGUACCAGCGCUGCUGUGAAACCUGUAGGGACUUUUAUGCCAAGAGAAUACUGCACAAGACCUAAUGAUCAAAUGCACCUACUUUUCCUCCACAUAACACUCCUUUUUGUUUAUGUUUUUAAUGUUGUUGAAUGUUAAGAUAAAAUAAUGGUGAGAAAACAACUUAUAUUACUGAUAAAACUUUUUGCAUUUAGAAAAGAAAAUGGCAAGUACACGUACAUGUACAUUUUUAAUAGUCUCCUGAGCUUCUAGAUUUGUUUAAGACUCGAAAAUUUCCUUUAUUUCUUUUGCUGCACACCAAACAAAUAAAUGGCCAUUAUAAUGCCAAUCCAGAUGGCUUGAUCGCAAAGAAACACUGACAGUAAGCGCUUGACUUUGAAGCAGACUUAUUCUGACCGGUCUUUAAGAUUAGAUGGGAUUAUAGGCCCGUUUCCACUGAAGAAGUUCCUGGUACUAUUUGGGGGGCAGGAACUACUACAGGAACGU